GUCGAGAAAAUAAAUUAGAAAAGAGUUUCUGUCUGUUUCUUUCUUCCACCCUCUGAGCCAGUGAGCCGCCUUCCCUUCCUUGUUACUCUCCUCUCGCUCAACCGGUUCCUCCCAAGCAAGCACGCAAGCAAGAAGCUGCUUUCGAUCUUCCUUUUCGUGCCCUCGUUUCUAAUCCUCAAAAAGGGACACUACAGACAUGUCUGAAUCGAAGGAUGAGAAAGCACAGGUUGCAGCCGACAGGAUCAAGGCCGCAGCACUCACUGCUUCCAAAGGUUUAAGCCGUACCCAAGCCGAGAGAGCAGCGGCCGCAGCUUCCAGGAACGUCAACGCUUACGGUCAGAAGGAGGAAGGUCCGAGCAGAUGGCAGGAGAAGAGGGAAGCCAAGAGGCAGAUGUAUCUGAUGAGUACCGAGAAAGCCGUCAGGCUUGGGGAGAGGAAGGACAAGUCGGUGUCGGCAUCUGUCGUGGGAGGAGGAGGAAGCAGCUUGGCGGCUUCGCAGUGCCAGAAGUGUUUCCAGACGGGGCACUGGACUUAUGAGUGCAAGAACGAGAGGGUUUACAUCUCUAGGCCUUCCAGAACCCAGCAGCUUAAGAAUCCUAAGCUGAGGAUGAAGCCUUCUGUUGAUGAUCUUGGUGAUGAUGAGAAGGUAGAUGCAGGAAACGGGAAGGAUGAGGAAGGUGAGAGGCGGUCGUCUAAGAAGAGCAAGAGAAAGCAGAGGUCGAAAUCUGAUUCCGGGAGUGAUAGCGAAGGCUCUGUGUUUGAAACAGAUAGUAGUGACGGCUCUGAAUCAUCCGGAGAGAGUGAUUCAGAGUACAGUUCGUCGUCUGACUCGGAGGAGGAGGAAAGGAGGAGGAGGAGAAGGAAUAAGAGGAAGAGCAAGAAGAAGCCAAAGCAGAGGAAGGAAAGGCAAAGGAGAAGAAGAUACAGCUCUUCUUCAUCUGAGGGGUCGUCUGAUUCAGAAUCAGCUUCGGACUCUGAUUCUGAUGAAGACAGAAGAAGCAGUAGAAAGAAGAAGAGCAAGAGGCACAGCAGCAACAAAGGUCGUUGAGUUGGGUUUUAGGAAAAUCUGAAGUGGAUGAUGAGUACUUUUUUUCUAUAUGCGUUUUUAGAGUGAGUCAUUUUGAGCUACAUGAAGAAUACUCGCAGCUUCUUUUUCUCAUGUUUCAACUUUCCCUUUUCUCAGCCAUUCAUGGCUUUGUGUUGUAGUAAACUGAUGGAUUUGAGAAUCUCUUUUAGUUUUCAGAA